GAGUGGUAAAUAUAACAUUUUUUCCCUCUUUUCCCAAGGAGGUCAGUUUUGGUCCUCUCUUGUGACAUCUGUUUUCCUCUUGCAUCAUCAUCUCAAGCAAAAACUUUCAAACCCCGAGUCCGACAACCAUGAGUCUCUCCGCUUAGAUCAAACCCUCCAUCCAUCCUCUCUCUCCGCCGGCGAAAGCCUAAACCCUUCUGCCGGAGGAAAAUUGUUCUUCACGAGUAUAAAAAAAGGAACUAACGGAGAGGUAACGAACUAAGCGAAGGGGUGUUCUUGGUGCUGAUCGUCCAUUGCCGAAGCGUCAAUCUCCUCUAAUGUCCGAUGCCCAAGUCGGUUUAAGGUAAAAGAUGACUACUGGGUCUAAUUCUAGCCACAACCAGAUAGAGGAUGGUGGGGCGAAGAACAACGACAACAACACCAACCCUGGUACGAGGUCUUGGGGCACGGCGGGGUCCGGGCAAACGGUGUCCACGAGCGGCAGUGUCGGCUCGCCGUCGAGCCGGAGCGAGCAUGCCACCAUGGCCACACCGGCGAGCGACAGCACCUUUCUCCGGAUGAACCAAUUGGACAUUCAGGGCGACGAUGCCGGUUCCCAGGGAGCCGUAGGUGGUAAGAAGAAAAAGAGGGGCCAACGAGCAGUUGGGCCUGAUAAGAGUGGGAGAGGGCUACGACAGUUUAGCAUGAAAGUUUGUGAAAAGGUGGAAAGCAAGGGAAGGACUACUUACAAUGAGGUUGCAGAUGAACUCGUUGCUGAAUUUGCAGAUCCCGGGAACAAUGGACCAUCCCCGGGCCAGCAACAAUAUGACGAGAAGAACAUAAGAAGAAGAGUAUAUGAUGCUCUGAACGUUCUCAUGGCGAUGGAUAUCAUAUCAAAGGAUAAAAAGGAGAUUCAAUGGAAGGGUCUCCCUCGUACCAGCCUAAGCGACAUCGAAGAAUUAAAGACCGAGCGUCUCGCACUGAGAAACAGGAUUGACAAGAAAGCUGCAUAUCUGCAAGAACUGGAAGAACAAUAUGUCGGCCUUCAGAACUUGGUACGAAGAAAUGGACGGUUAUACAGCUCGGGAAACGCUCCAAGCGGUGGCGUCGCUCUUCCCUUUAUACUCGUUCAGACUCGUCCUCAUGCUACGGUUGAAGUGGAAAUAUCCGAAGAUAUGCAGCUUGUGCACUUUGAUUUUAACACUUCUCCGUUUGAGCUCCACGAUGAUAACUUUGUCCUAAAGUCGAUGAAGUUCUGUGAGAGGCCACCACCGAGCGACAACAACAUUCCGGUCGGUAACAAUUUCCCGUCAGGAGAUGCCCUCGAAGGCCCUAGCAUCGUGCCACCCGAAGCCUUCCAUCCUCAUUCGCAGCCUCAGCCUCAGCCUCGGCUCAUCCCGACGCCACGAGCCGACCCCUCGGGUACUUUACCCUUAAGAGCUCCCGAAUCGCCGCCCAUCCCAGGGAUAAUAAAGGCGCGUGUGAAGCCGGAGAGUUGAAACCGGCUGUUCUCUCACAGGUUCUGUAUAUUGUGUAAAGCUUAGAGUCUAAAGCUUCACUUGGUAUCUGAGGUUUAUCUGUAUUCGUUCUUGGAGGAAAAGCCGGUUUAGGGUCAUUGUACUAUUGCCGGUUUUACUAGUGUGGUAAUACUGGAGAUAAGAACUUGGUUCGAUGGUUAACUACUUAACCGGUUUAGUGAAGCUCGGGUUAGGAUUUUAGAUUCUGAUCUGUUUGUAAUAGAAAAAAAAAGGAUUUGUAUUCUGCAGGAAAAAUUGGUUACCGUUCAGCCAAUUUAAAUUUGUCAUUUUGUUUUGAUCC